AUGAAUUCACCAAUUUCACUGAUGAAGACCAUGAUGGAUCACUCUAAUCAUACAAUGCCGGAUCACUCAAAUCAUACCAUGGGAGGAAUGCAAAUGUAUUUUGUUGCCACUGCAACGGUACCACAUUUAUUAUUUGAAACUGUUCAAAUUACUGAGGGAUGGCAAUAUGCUUUGGCAAUUAUUAUUUGUUUUAUCUUGUCUGUUUUUAAUCAAUUUUUAGUGUUUUUGGUAAAGAGAAAGGUAACCAUUCCGAAGAAGAAGGAUGAUGAUGAAUUUAGAGAUGUUGAUGAUCACAAAAGAAAGGCAAGAAAAAGAUAUAUGGCCUAUGCUUGGUAUAUUGCCAAACCAAUUAUUUACUUGUUUCAAAAUGGAUUAGGAUAUCUUUUAAUGUUGGUAACAAUGACUUAUAAUGUGGGCCUUUUCUUGGCUGUUAUUGCUGGAAAUACUGUUGGAUGGACUGUAUUCUCAAUGACUAGUAAUAUUGUACCAGAGGAUUGUUGUGCUAAUUAA